AUGGCUUUUAUCAUGAAAGAUUCCCCUGAGUGUGUUAAAUCCGAAUUAGAACUUUUUCAUUUACCUGGAACUCAAACGGCGAUUCAAAGCGGUCAAUGGGUUCAGUUUCAUCCUCUAUCUAAUGUAUUUGACGGAGGUCCCGUAGAAUUCCAUAUUUCAGGCAGUGGAGAAGAUUAUUAUAUUGACCUGUCACAAACACAACUCUACGUGAGAGCAAAAAUAAUAAAAACGGAUGGUUCACCUCUGGAUAAAGAUGGCCCAGUAAAUUUGUUCCUGCAUUUUUUAUUUUCUCAGGUGGAUGUCACAUUAAACGAACGACUGAUGUCUUCUUCUAGUAACACACAUCCCUAUAGAGCUUAUAUUGAAACUUUGCUCAAUCGCGGCUGUGAUAGUAAAACUUCAAAAUUGAUAGCUGAAAUGUAUGACAAACAUCUAGAAAAGCGAUCUUCCUUUUUCAAACUGAGUUCUAUUGUUGAUAUGAUUGGUGAAGCAAGCCUGGAGUUUUGUUUGCAAGGAAAAGCAGGUCAUAAAGUGGUUUUAGAACAUGUAUCUAGGUCAUGCCAAAGCGUUGAGAAGAGUAAUGCCAAGUAUCCUAUUAAUAGAGUCUAUUUCAUUCCCCAAAAUAGCAUGUCCUUGAUACAAGACAAUGUUUUUGUUGGUCAGAUGCCUCAGAGAAUUGUAAUUGGAUGUGUUGAUAAUGACGCUUUUCACGGAAAUUUUGCCAAAUCACCAUUUGAGUUGAAACAUUAUCACCUGAAUUUCAUUGGAGUGUACGUCGACGGACAGCCUGUGCCUUACAAUCCAUUGGAACCAAAUUUUGAUAACAACUAUUCGAGCUUAUCAUAG